GCGUCCACUGGUAGCGCGCAUCGCUGCCUAUGGCUUCGUAUAAAAACUCCAGGUUAUUGACAUGAACAUCCAACAGACGGUCAGUCAUGGCUCGCAACAUGCUCUUCCGACUCCUAGCUCUCCUUUCGUCCUUGAUCGCCAUUUCCGGAGUGGUCACUCCCCGCGCGACUUGUAGCAAUGGAAAAACCGUGUCUUCUGCUCAGUGUUGCAUCUGGUUCGAUGUCCUUGAGGAUAUACAAGUGCACAUGUAUAACGGCGGUAUCUGCGAUGAAGUAGCGUCCGAUGCUAUACGUUUACCUUUCCAUGACGCAAUUGGCUACUCCUCUUCUCUAAUUGAACAAGGACUGUUUGGUGGCGGCGGCGCAGAUGGUUCGAUGAUGUAUUUUGCCGCUUCGGAACUGAACUAUCCUCGUAAUGCUGGUUUACGGACCAUCGCCACCGUAGAACGGCCUUACGCUGAAUUGUACAAUGUUUCGUUUGGAGACAUGAUCCAAUUUGCCGGCGCCGUGGCUCUGCGCAACUGUCCAGGAGGUCCACGUUUACAAUUCUUGGCGGGCCGUCCCCCAGCCACAGCUGCGGCACCGAAUAACGGUCUACUUCCAGGAGCGGAAGAAACCGUCGAUGUGCUACUUGCUAGAAUGGCGGAUGCGGGGCUCAGUCCUUCUGAUUUGAUUGACCUUCUUGCCUCACACAGCGUGGCAUUUCAAGAGAAAGUGGAUCCAAGCAUUCCCUUCACUCCUUUCGACUCUACCCCUACGAUUCUAGACGCGCAGUUCUUCGUUGAAACAUUGUUGAAUGGCACUGACUGGCCCGGAGAUGGUGAACACGUCGGAGAAGCCAAAUCUCCUCUUGAUGGGGAGUUUCGCCUGCUUGCAGAUCACCGACUUGCUAGAGAUCUAAGGACCGCAUGCCAUUGGCAAUCGUUGAUCAGUCACCCAGAAUCUAUCGCACCCCGGUUCAAAAGAGCCAUGGAAAAAGUCGCAGUGAUCGGACAAGAUGUCAACUCUCUCGUUGAUUGUUCUGAAGUCAUUCCGGAACCUGAGGCAUUCGAGGUGCCUCUGCCUCAUCUGCCGGCUGGAAAGUCACUUGAGGACAUUGAAGCUUCCUGUCCUGACGUGGAGUUUCCGCACAUCACGGCUGAUCCUGGUCCUAGUACGGCAGUUCCUUCACCCACACACAUCGAGAAUGAUCGUUUGCCACUCCAGUCCAAUUAG